ACACAUUUCUCAAAUUAUUACACAAACAUAAACUUAUUUGUUUAUACUUUAUAGGAAAUGUAUCCGCACAUAAAUUUUGUGUAAUUAUACACUUCUGUCAAAUGUCAUGUAGUGUACGUGGCUCGUUCAACACAUUACGUUCCAUAUAGGUCUAUAAUAGAUAAAAGAACCCACGAUGUUGGUGUAGUGGAUAUUUAUUCGUUGGGGGCUCGCCUCUGCGCUAGAAGGUGGUUGGUCGCCGAACGAGGAGGUGUUCGUUGGCUCUGUGACGUUGCAUUUCUAGGUUAGGAACGACAAGUAAAUAAUUUAAAAUGCCUGUAGCAUCGGAAAAAGAACCACUAAUAGGAGUAAUAGAUGCUGGUACAAGAACAGUAAAAUUCUGCGUAUUUCGUAGUCGACAUACAAAGGAAUUAACCGACCAUGCCGUUGAUAUAAUGCCAGUAUCAACAUCGCGGGAGGGUUGGCACGAAGAAGAUCCAAUGGAAAUCUUAGCAGGAAUCAGACAUUGCAUAGGCGAUGUCCUUCAAAAGCUUCCAUCAUUAGGUUACAAAGUAUCCGAUAUUUGCACGAUCGGAAUUACGAAUCAACGAGAAACGACCGUCGUUUGGGAUCGAACCACCGGACAACCUUUGUACAACGCGAUCGUUUGGAAUGAUAUCCGAACUGAUGCAACAGUUGAUAAAAUAUUAGCUAAAUUACCGGAUAAUAACAAAAAUCAUUUUAAACCUUUAUGUGGAUUGCCGGUUUCGCCGUAUUUUAGCGCUUUUAAAUUGAAAUGGUUGAUGGAUAAUGUACCGAACGUUAGGAAAGCUUGUAAAGCGAAGAAAUGUUUAUUUGGAACGGUGGAUACUUGGAUUUUAUGGAAUUUAACAGGAGGUCCAAAUGGUGGUAUUCACAUGACUGAUGUAACGAAUGCUUCACGGACAUUCCUUAUGAACAUUGAAACGUUACAUUGGGAUCCUUUAUUAUUACGUACUUUUUCUAUCAGUUCGGAUAUUUUACCGGAAAUUAGAAGUAGUUCGGAAAUAUAUGGAAAAAUCAAAUUUAAUAAUAGCCCACUUAAUGGUAUACCAAUCUCAGGAAUUCUAGGUAAUCAACAAUCAGCGUUAGUUGGACAAAAUUGCUUAAAAGAAGGUUUAGCCAAAAAUACUUAUCGAAGUGGUUGUUUUCUUUUAUAUAAUACAGGCCCAAAUAGAGUUCAAUCAACGCAUGGUUUAGUUACAACAGUAGCUUAUCAAUUUGGUGAUAAACCACCCGUAUAUGCCUUAGAAGGUAGUGUUGCUGUGGCUGGAGCUGCAAUGAAUUGGCUUAGAGACAACAUGGGAUUAAUUAAUGAUGUUACGGAGGACACAGAAUCGCUAGCACAAGAAGUUUUUAAUACUGGAGAUGUUUAUUUUGUCCCUGCUUUCAAUGGAUUGUAUGCCCCUUAUUGGCGAAAAGAUGCUCGAGGGAUUAUCUGUGGUUUAACGGCGUUUACAACGAAAAAGCACAUAAUAAGAGCCGCACUUGAAGCAGUUUGUUUCCAAACAAGGGAUAUUUUAGAAGCUAUGAACAAAGAUUGUGGCAUUCCGCUUGCAAAGUUACACGUUGAUGGUCGAAUGACAACUAAUAAUUUGCUUAUGCAGUUACAAGCUGAUAUAAUUGGAAUUCCAGUUUUUAGAGCACAAUCACAAGAUAUAACGGCAUUAGGUGUUGCGAUGGCGGCCGGUUACGCUUCAGGAAUUGAAGUGUGGGAUUUAGAAGAACAAGAUAGAGAAACCGUUCCGAAAGAUACGUUUUUACCAACAACAACUGAAGAUGAACGUGAUGCAAGAUAUAAAAAAUGGAAAAUGGCUGUUCAAAGAUCACUGGGUUGGGCUACAAGUAAAAAAUCCCCCGACAUGACAGAUGAAAGAUACAGGUUACUCUCUAGCAUACCUGCAAGUUUAUAUUUAAUUUCAAGUUUUGGACUACUACUGUUGUCAAAAAAGAUGAUGUUUGUCGAAGCGUGACAUAGAUAGCAUUGCGUUAAUGCUUAUGUAAUUUAUAACAUUAAGUGAAAUGUAUUUUUAAUAUAUAUUCGAUAGGUUUAUAUAAUGCGAUGAGUGCUUUAGUCUUGUGUAUGAAUUUAUUAAUUUAUUUUUAAAGAAUUAAUAAGUACAAGAGGAAAAUAAUAGAAAAAAGGCUUCAUACGUUUAUAUAAUCACAAUUUAAAAUAUUAUUACAUGAGGUUAUUUUUUUCCUUUUGUGAUAUUAUCUCUUUUUAUGUCCCCAAUUAAUUGUGACAAAAAACGCCCAGACAAAUUGAAAUGUACAAAUAAUACUUUUGAUCAUCUUCCUUUUUAUUAUUAUAAUUAAUUGUUUUGGUGACAUUUUAUUACACUUUAUUUAUAAUUAUUAUUUAAUAAUUGUGUAUAUUGUAUAAUAGAUUAAAUGUUAGAUUUUCAUUUUUUUAAUAAUUAAAAAUUUUGUAAAAAAUUGAUUUUCAGAAGUAAUUUAUUAUUUUUCAUACAUAAGUGUUACAUAGUAAAUAUUUAUAUGGAUAAAAAACAUAGAUUACUCAUCAACUGUUAUGUACAGACUUUGGUAUAUCUUCCUGAGGAAAUUAUAUAAUAUAUACAAGUUGUUUUCUUUU